AUGUAUAUAAUUGCAUUUGCAGACAAGGCGCUGCAUCUUCUUGUCCCCCUCGCUCUCUGUCUCACAGGAUAUUUGUACCUGUACCCGGUCUUCCAUGGAUGUGCUUUUCCUUCCAGAAGUGGCUCGACGCUGACGGCCUUCACGGAGACCCUUGAACAACACUUCCCCCUCUCAUAUGCUUCGAACGUGGCCAACGAUACCGUCCAUGUACCCUUUCGGCUCCUCGUCUUCGCCGAUCCCCAGCUGGAGGGGGACAGUUCGCUUCCCAAGCCUGAGGAUGGCUUACUACCCAAGCUGGCGCGGCACUGGACGAAGAUAUGCUCAGAAGAAUUCACGUCCAUACCUCCCACGGUCACAGCGGUGACGCGGGAAGUGCUGCUUCAAGAUAUCCCAGAGGCGUUACAGGCGCUGCGGAAACGGUUGGAUCUGUUCGGCAACGACUACUACCUGGGUCAUAUCUACCGCACUUUACAUUGGUGGACGAGGCCCAGUCAUGUCACUGUGCUCGGAGACCUGAUCGGCAGUCAAUGGGUGACGGAUGGAGAGUUCGGAGGGCGAGGGUGGAGGUUUUGGAACAGAGUCUUUGGCAGUGCGAACAGGGUGGCGGAUGAACUGGUGACACUGGACAGGCCGGAGGAAGAAAAGACAUUCAACAUGGACGACGAUAGCUGGGCUACCAAGAUCAUAAAUGUUGCAGGCAACCAUGACAUCGGAUACGCUGGAGAUAUCUCAAGGCACAGGCUGGACCGGUUCGAACGAGAGUUUGGGAAGGCCAAUUGGGACGUCAGAUUCCGCUACCCUCUAUUCAAUGGUACAGAGUCAACCAAUACAACAGACCAAGUUCCGUCGCUGCAUUUGAUUGUCCUGAACAGUCUCGUUUUGGACACACCGGCCAUGUCUGAGGACAUGCAAGCGGAGACGUAUGACUAUCUCAACAGCGUCAUUUCGCACCGAUUGAGGCCGGUAGAGGAUCGCUCUUCGUUUACUCUCCUGCUCACCCAUUUGCCUCUCUACAAGCCCAACGGAACGUGCGUUGAUGCUCCUUUCUUCGAUUACUGGGGCGAUGACGACGGUGGCGGCGUCUACAGGCCUCAUGGCUUAAAGGAACAAAAUCAUCUGAGCGAGCAUGUUAGCCGUCAGGGGACUCUGGAGGCGUUGUUCGGCAUGAGCGGAAACCGUGAUGUUCCAGCUCACGGCAAGGGCAGACCGGGCCUCAUCUUGACAGGCCAUGAUCAUGAGGGUUGCGAUGUGUGGCAUCAUAUCUCGACGAAUUCGACCUGGUCUCAGUCUACCAACAACACUGACGAGGACAGAAGGACCUCAUGGGAUGCCGUACGUUGGACCCAAAUGAACCAUAGUAGCUCUCAUACCGGGAUUCGGGAAGUCACUCUGCGGAGCAUGAUGGGAGACUAUGGAGGCAAUGCAGGCCUAUUGAGCGUCUGGUUUGAUUUCGCUACAGGAGAAUGGGCAUACCAAAUGCAGAUGUGUGGGUUAAACGUCAAGAUAUGGUGGGCGACUCAUGUUAUUGAUCUGGUGGUCUUGGGCCUGUCGCUGUUCAGCCUUGUCAGGGGCAUACUGGUUCAGCAUGACCGUUCGCAUGCCGGCCAAGACAAGGCUGUCUCGCCCAACACAAGCAAAGCACAUGCCUGA